AUGACUGCCAACAAGGAAUGCACCUUCAUCACCAUCAAGCCAGAUGGUGUCCAGAGAGGCCUCAUCGGAGAUAUCAUCAAACGCUUCAAGCAGAAGCAGCACCAUAUUGACCUGAAGGACUGUUCCUUCUUCAAUGGACUGGUGGAGUACAUGGGCUCUAGCCCUGUGGUAGCCAUGGUCUGGCAGGGAAUGAAUGUGGUGAAGAUUGACUGUGUCAUGCUUGGUGAGACCAACCCAGUUGACUCCAAACCUAGCACCAUCAGGGGAGACUUCUGCAUACAGGUUGAAAGAAACAUCUGUCAUAGAAGUGACUCCGUGGAAAGUGCCAAGAAAGAGAUUGCCUUGCGGUUCAAAGAUGAUGAACUGGUUGAAUACAGCAACUUUGCAUAA